AUGUGGCACCUCUCAAGUUUAAUGCUGGUAAAUAAUCGACAAAAAACCAAAAAAGCAUGCAUUACUUGCAAGAGCCGCAAGAAAAGAUGUACAGGGGGACUGCCUUGUGAGUACUGCACAAAAAUUGGAAAACCUAAUGAUUGUGAAUACCAAACAAAAGUGCGCUCUAAAACGGUGAAGGUUACUGAAAGAUAUAUUUCUAAUCUGAAAAAGAAGAUUAGCGAUUUAGAACUUCAACUAGCCAAUAGAGUAGACUCAGAUUCAAGAAUUGAAACCCCUAGCGUUAAUCCAUUGGUAAGCGAAGAUGAAAGCAUUAACCCAUCAAAUGAAGGUGCGCCUGGAAGUUUAGAAGUUUAUUUGACUCAACAUAACCAUUAUUUCGGUAAUUCUGCCUGUGGAAACUUUUUGCAUAAAGUUAAGCUUUCCUUGCUUAAACAAUGCAAAUGCGCCAAUGACUUCAAGACCUCAGAGCUGAAGACAAUAUCGCUUGAUACAUCCCUUAAUAUUGCAUUGAUUGAGUCACUUGCCUCAGAAAAUUGUCCAUCAAUAGAGAAGGCCAAAACAUUAAUUGCGGUCGCUUCAAAAAUAAUUGGUGCGGAUUACAUGUUCAUGGAAUCCAAUUACGAGGAAAAUAUUAUGAUUCCAAUAAUAUAUAAAUCUGAAAUUAGUAUGAUAAACUUUGUUGAGCGAGCCACCGAGUUAACAAGGUUUUUUGCUUAUUUGGCUCUGGGAUGUCUUUUCAAUGAAGAUAGCUCACCCGAGAAUUUGCGGUCGAAGUUUCCAGGAUUAAAGUAUUUUGAAACGGCGUUGAAACUUCAGGGUGAGCUAUUGAAAGUUUAUGACAGGAUUGCUAACGGAGCAAUGGUCCAAUCCUUUUUAUACGUAUCAUAUUAUGCCUUAUCACUGGACAAAUCAAAACUGGCAUUUAUAUUGAUAGGAAACGCCGUUCGCAUGAUGUUCACGUUAGGACUUCACAAAAAAGCGCUCAAUAGUACGCAAAAUAGAAUAUUCUGGUUGUGCUUCGUUUAUGACAGGCUUGUUGCCGUGAGAUUUGGAUUACCACUGAUGAUUGACGAACUGGAUAUUGAAGUUCCCCUAUUAAACGACAGAAAUAACUCCACCUGCUCGGUUUCCUUGGAUAUUUUCCAUUUUGUUUCUCAAGUGAAACUGGCAAAAAUCACUACACACAUCAUCAGAAAUAUCUAUACUCGAAAUUCAUGUUCGUUUGUUCACAACUGCCAUACUGUUUUAAACCAACUCAAAAAUUGGCUGGAUGAACUCCCAAAAGAAUUAAUGCUCGAUUAUAACGAUUUUGAUGUAGCAAAGUCUAGAUCAACCGUAAACCUUCACAUUAAUUAUAAUUAUUCGAUCAUUAUUACAACACGCCCUGUUUUAUUCUACGUUUUCAAUAAGAUUACAUCAAGCGAUAAAUGUUCUGAUGAAAUAUUUAGCGACAAACUCCUGAGUUCAAUAAAAGUGCUUCUAGAAUCAAGUGUCCAAGCAGCCCAAGUUCAAAGUAUGAUACUAUCAAAUCUUUAUUAUGAUGGAAAGAUGGUUAAUGCGUCAUUUUUGGACUGUCAUUAUAUUUUCAGUGCUACUAUUAUAUUGAUUUUUUCAGCGUUCUGUCAAUCUCUACCAAAUUAUAAGAUCAGCUUGGGGGUUGAUAUCCAAUCUCUUUUUGACAGAGUGAAGAUAAAUCUCAAAGUUCUGCAAUGUAUUUCGCAGUACAAUAUUUCUGCAAGCAAUUUCAAUCGCCAGCUCACAGAGCUCAUAGAGCUUAUAAGCUCAAAGGAAGUUCAAAAUGCAUUUAAAGGAAAUUUCCAUUCCGCACAGAAUAGUCAUACGAGUCUGAAUGAAGGAAGUUCAACGAAAGAAAACUCAAUAUUUGAUUCAGAGCCUUUCAGAAAUGUAGAUUUAACUAGAAUUCUGGAAGAUCUAGGCGGUGACAACAGCCCUAGCGCCCUUGCUUUAUUCGACAAUGAGGAUUUCAUGAAGUACUCUAACUCCUUUUUUUAA